AUGUCAUCUUUCCGGUCGAACAAUGCCGGACUGGACAUGUCGCCGCUCAUGGCGCCCCACGAUUCACAUCCCUCGUUUGGCGGCUUGAUCAUGCUGGUCUUCGAGGCCGUCAUGGAGGUAGUCUGUGUGAGCUUGCCUGGAUACGUAAUCGCGAGACUGGGUCAUUUCAACCCCGAAAGCCAGAAGUUCGUAGCGAAUCUGAACAUGUGGCUAUUCACGCCUUGCCUAAUAUUCAGCAAACUGGCCGCGCAGUUGAAACCAGACAAGUUAGCUGACCUGGCAGUCAUACCCGUCAUCUUCCUCGUGCAGACUCUUGUCUCCUACGUCGUAUCCAUCGGCGUCUCCAAGGCCUUUCGACUUUCGAAACGACCCGCUAACUUCGUCACGGCUAUGGGUGUCUUCGGCAAUUCCAACUCGCUUCCCAUCUCUCUCGUCAUCUCGCUGUCCCAGACCUUGAAAGGAUUACACUGGGACAAAAUUCCAGGGGAUAAUGACGACGAAGUUGGUGCUCGCGGAAUCCUAUACCUGUUGAUUUUCCAACAGCUUGGGCAGCUAGUCAGGUGGAGCUGGGGUUACCAGGUCUUGUUGGCUCCCAAAGAACGAUAUGAGGAAUAUCAAGAUGAGACUGCCGAGGAAGGCAGAUUCCACGAGAACACCUCGCGCGAGGUGCUGAUACCUGGGCUGGAUGGAUAUUCAGCCGCCGAACAAGAGCUUGGGGAUGCCGACAACUCAGACGAGUCGGAUGCUUAUGAGCCAGCCGGUCGUACACCAGUUGCCACUUCUAGUACAUCGCUCGCCGACUCUGAGGACGAAGGCACCCCAUCGAGGAUGCGCUUCCCCAAGAAACAUGGGAACGGUCUUGACGGCAACACCGACCACUUUCCGACACCUGAUGGCGGACCAGAUGAUAUCAUGUCGUUCCCGCGGAUGCGCGAUUCAGAUGAACCAGAGACGCUUGAAGGUAUCAAGGGCUAUACUGUACGUGCGAAGCGCGCCGUUAGGCAGGCUAAAGAGUCUACCAUGCGGUCGUGUGCCCGGAUGUUGGACCGCACGUACCAAAGCCUACCGCGGCCUGUACAGAUCAGCUUGACCGCGUUACGGAAGGCAUGCUCAAAGACGUACCAGUUCCUCUACGAGUUCAUGAACCCACCGCUAUGGGCCAUGCUCGUUGCCGUUCUCGUCGCCUCGGUGCCCAGGCUCCAAUGGCUAUUUUUCACAGAGGGAACUUUCAUCAACAACAGUGUCACUCGUGCUGUCUCUCAGAGUGCAGGUGUUGCGGUUCCACUUAUCCUUGUGGUCUUGGGUGCCAAUCUGGCUAAUAACACCAAAGGUAAUGAGCGCAAGGACUCGGAAGAAGCACAGAUCGGGACGCGGCUACUCAUUGCCUCUCUUAUCAGUCGUAUGCUUUUGCCGACACUCAUCAUGGCACCUAUUCUUGCCGUGUUUGCGAAAUACGUCCCAGUCAGUAUUCUGGACGAUCCGAUAUUCAUCAUCGUAUGCUUUCUCCUUACAGGGGCGCCGAGCGCUUUGCAACUGGCCCAGAUUUGUCAGAUCAACGAGGUGUACGAAGGUGUAAUGUCCAAGGUUCUAUUCCAGAGCUACGUCAUCUGGAUCCUGCCUUCCACAUUGAUUCUUGUCAUGCUGGGUCUCGAGGUCCUCGAGUGGGCCAGGUAG